GAUUACAUACAUCGCAUCCGCACUGGAGCUAGACUGCAUGUGAUGACUUUAUGUUUAUCAUCUCGAUUCUAUACAUAGGGCUCUGCCAUGAAUAUGUGUAUGAGGGUAAAAUAACACCGAUUAACAGAUGCAGAGAACAUGCAGGACAGCUUCGUGCAGGACCUAGAUGGAACCUGUUAUGAUGUAGCUGGUGAACCAUGUAGUAUCUGAGAUGUCUGAGUCAGCAACAAUGGAAUCUGGAUGUAGGUACUUGUCGUUCCUGAGAUCGUGUGACUUGGCAACUGCGAUUUCGCGGAGGAUGGUGACUGAAGAGAUGCUAGAGCGAUGUGCUCAAGAGGGUCGUAUUGAUGUCCGAAACAAGGAAGGACAAACACCUCUGAUGCUCGCAUGUUUGACAGGUCUUGAGGAUGUUGUCAAGUUCUUGUUAGCAAAUGGUGCCAACCCCAACUCCAAUAGUUUAAUGAUGGGUAAUACCCCUUUGCAUUUUGCAUGCAUGGUAGAAGACAUAGUAGAAGAGGAGUACUUAUCUAGAACAUUCUAUAAACCAAAAAAAUGGACGACCACCAAGGUAUCUAUUGUGAAGCUUCUUCUGAAGUAUGGAGCAUCUGUUCAGAAGAACCUAGAUGGAUGGAAUCCAGCAUGUGUAGCUGCAUUUUACAAUUUUAAGGACAUUGUUGACUUCUUCUUAUUGAUUGAUGAUGGUAGUCCUUUGGAGGACAAGAUCACAGCUUCUCAAAUACUUGGAGUGUCACAAGCUACUCUUGACGAACCGGCUCUCAAAGAUGCAUUUCACUCUUUCUGCAGAGCCUUAGACUUACAAGAAGAUGCAGGAGUUAUCACAGGCCAAGCUGAAACUUCUGAACUUGUACUGUGUUUCUCGAAGCUCUCUUUGACAGAAUUUCACACAUUGGAGGAAAUCAAGGCGGUUGAAUUGUCUGAAAGUGCUUUAAAGGCCCAUGCAUUCUUAGUUGGUGAGAGAUUAUUUCCCCCAAGUCUCAAGCAGAGAUACCUCUACCCUUCCCUUACACACUUUGCAAGUCUUUUAAUGUACCAUGAAGACAUGGUAGAAGCAGGCUUUCAAAUAUUCUCCUGUACCCUUGGUUUUGAAAGAAGUGGAGAAUUGCAGCUAGGAACAGUACUAGGUCACAUAGCUAGUAAUUAUGAAUUCUUCUGUGUGCAUGAUGGCAAAAAAGAGGUUCGACAACGUGCAAGAGAUUUGCUGUGUGCCUAUGGUUCAGUAGUUAAUAAUGUACCUAUUGAUAGUCUGUUGGGGCGGGUGUGUCGUUCACUUAUGGGAAGCUUUGGUGACAUACUUUUUUCUGAAGCAUUUUCUUGCUUUAGUUUUGAUGACUUGAAAUCCACCUUGGAAGAUGUAGAGAAGUUACUGAAAUUCAUUCGAGGUAGGACGUUUAGGGAAAGGCAAGAUGAGUAUCCCAGGAUGCCUUCUGUAGCACUCAAAAUCAUGACUCUUCUGCAGGACAAGUUUGAAGAAACCGUAGAGUGCGUAGACACCGUAAUCGAUAGAAGGUACCUUUUGAAGGUAAAGUUUGUGUUUCUCCGGGUUCUACUCUGCGACAAAGCUUCUUACCAGGAUGUGAACAAUCGCAACACUCUGCUGCACAUGGUAGCGUACUCUACAUAUGCAGAAAGAUAUCUUGAAUGUAUUCAGGAUCUUGCUCUGGCCUUUUUACGUCACGGGUGUCCACUAGAUGCAGUGAAUAGAGUAGGAGAUACCGCCAGAGACCUUAUGCGAUUGCUGCAUGGUAGAUUUGGGAAUCCAAACAUCUAUCUCAUUCAGACAUUGGUGAAUCCACCAACCUCAGUAUUACGUCUGGAGGAAGCAGCUGCCAGAGUAGUCCUGCGACACAAGAUCAACUACCAAGACGUCCUUCCUCUGAGGCUGCGUGAGCUGGUGGAUGGUGGAACUGCGGAAUUAGAGUUAGAAUUAUUAAAAUUAUUAAAAACAAAUGAAGACAGUAGUGAAGACAGUGGUGAAGACAAUGAGUGAUUUAUAAUUUUUAUGCCUUUAAAGGAAGGAGCUGGAGGCAUUAUGUUUUAGGGUUG